UUAUGAAUUAAAUAUUAAUAAUAUUAAGUAUAUGUUUUGUAGUUAUUAAAUUAAUGCAAAUGUAAUUAUGUAAAUUGUAAAAUAAGUUUUAACGCCACGAACUCUCUCUGUGAUAGCAAUUUAAGUAUUUAUUUUCUUCUCUUAUCAGUCAUCAGUUAGGUUAACGUCAACAAUACAGCUGCAGUUAUUAUAGAACGAAUGCGAUUAACAAUCAGCAACAUAGGAAAGUAAGAUCAGCAUUCAUCAAUUCAGGUAUUGCAGUAUAAGCAGUUUACUAUAAUAAAGUCGUUUCUCAUUAAUAGAUUUAAUCUUAUUUUCACAUUAAUCAGUGCGAUUUUGAACUAUAAAUGUUUAUAUUGAUUGUCUAUGAUUUUUUUUUGUGAAAACAAAAUUAUUUAAUCACAACAAAUAUCAGAAAACCAUUUUAAAAGUAGGUACCUAUGUAUUUUUGUAGAAUAAAAAUAACAAUCAUGAAAUAAGUGUUACAUUAAUGUAUACAUAUAAACAGAGUUAUUAUUAUGUAUGGCAGUGUUGCUGCAUUUAAUUAAACAACAAACUGGGCUGUAUAACUUUUUUGAAGCUUUGCUUUCUAAAUUUCCUAAUAAAUUUUAAAACAGUUUUUCUUAUUUUCACAUAAACUUUAUUGUUAAUUAUAGUUCAUUUAAGCUGUUUAUCUCAUUUCAUUAAUGGUAACUUAAAGGUGACAGAAUUUUACUUCUUGAAUUAAUCUUAAAGUCGUUAAUAAAGUAAAAUAUAAUAUAGGUAUGCCAAAUUAAGUAGUUAGAAAUAUUCCAAUGAUAAUACUGUUUAAAUAUUUCUUAUUUUUUUUCUAGGCUUUUAUGAUCAUUGAACCAGAAGAUUUUAAGAAAUAACAACUUCAGAACCAUAGAAGUUGAGUAAUUGAAUAUAGUUGAAUUCAAAUUUUAAUCCAAUUUAAGAUGUCUUAUGCCAAUGCUCUUUCCAAAAACAAGAUUAAAACACCUACAAUAUUUAAAAACCUACCUAAUGAAAAAAUUUUAUUUGUGGUUGACAGCUAUGCAUUAUCUAGGUUUGAUAUAGACCUUAGUCCAACAAAUUUGGUACCAAUUUCUAGUUUGACUGUAAUUAAAAAGGCAAUCAGAUUAUUUGCAUUAGAAAAAAAUCGUUUCCAAAAUCAUUCUUUUGGAAUUUGUGUAAUAACUUCACAGUCAUUUAAUAAAGUACUUGAUUUUACAUCUAAUUUAAAUACUGUUUUUGACAAAUUAUUAUCUAUAUCAAUUCAACUUGAUAAACCAGAGGAAGUUGCUUCGUAUGAUUUUGGUCCCCUAUUAAAAUAUGUUAGGCAAAUGAGAAAUAUGCACAAAGAUAGUAUUUUUAGAGUUAUUAUGACUUAUAAUAGAGAUGAUUGUCUACCAAUCAUUGAGCAAUUUGAUAAAAUGACAUUUAAUAUUUUCUGUUCUCGGUUAUUUUUCUUUGAUAUUGUUUAUGUAUGUGAAAAUAAUAUUGAAACCGAUGAAAUGGCUCAGAAUAAUUAUGGUAAAUUGGCUUUGUUAGGUAAUCCUUGGUCUUUUAAAGUAUGUGUUCAACGAAAACCUUUCGCAAUAAUUAACGGAAUUAUGUCCUUAUUACCUCAUCCUUUUGUAAGAGGGGAACAUGCUUAAAAUUAAACUAAUUAUAUUUUUAAAAUGUUUAUUUUAACAAUUGUAAGGUUCUCAACACUCAAUCAAUA